GGAGAAUGGGAAGGAGUCUGUAAACCUCUCUGCCCUGCCCGGCCCAGUACUGCGCCUGGUGGCUCGGAACUAAACCUCCCUUCUUGUCCUGCCCGAACCUGUGCCCAAACCCGCGACUGGUGGCUUGGAACUAACCCCCCCUGUCCCGCCCUGCUCAAACCUGCGCCCAAACCCGCGACUGAUGUGACAGUGUUGAAGAUCCUAAAAAAAAAAGUAUAAGAAGGUGGUCUCGUCUCCAUCCUGGACUUCAUCAGCACACUCUCAAACAUAUCCGCUUCGAUCUCUGAAGACUCUUACACCACCUGUACAACAUCUUCACCUCCUUACACAGGAUUUUUUCCUACCCAACAUCAAAUCACCACCCUUGGCACAUUACCACCUCCGUUCAUCGAAAUGGCUCCUACUGUCGAUUACAUGGCGUUCCCGCCCAUAGCCGCGCUUGAAGCCAAGAUCAAGGCAGGCAGCCAUGAGGACGUAGUGGACGAUAUGUGGCUCAAUGUCGGCUCAUUGUACUUCACACUUGCAGACGGCUUCACCGUGUCGGGACAGUCACGCCCCAGGGUCCAGAGCGGACAGAAGAUCGACGUCGGCUGGAGAAAACUCGUGAAUGGAAAUGUGAGGGUGUUCAUCAUUGAGGACGCGUCCUACGCCCACAAAAAUUCAGGAGCGACAUGGGAUGAGAAGAGAACCCAGCUCAAAGGGUACCUGGCACAGACGCGUGUGGCGGAGCCGAACUUCAAGAAGACGCUUUUUGGUGCGGUCACGAUCGGCAAAGCGACCCAAUUCUUCUCAUACCCCUACCGCCAAGAUCAGCUCCAGCCGCUUCAUGACGUGGAUAAGGCCUUUGAGUUCAAGAAGCACCAGGAACGCAUAGACUACUACCUCACGUACAUCCGUGACCAGAUCAAGGCUGGUGCUUAAGCAUGUCUCUGAUAUGCAUACGAGGAGCUUUAUAUAUAAACAUAUAUACCC